AUUGCACGAAGCAUAUUCGUUUGUUGCUGGAAAGUGUCCAAGUUGUAAGGAAAUGAAGUCUAACAGAAUACUCGUUAUUGGUGCYGGGGUAAUUGGUGCUACUACAGCAUACGAGCUACUUGAAAAAGGGUAUGAAGUCAUUCUUYUGGCAAAGCAGUUUGCUCAAGGUGACUACUCCGUAACUUCUGAGGUAGCUGGAGCACAGUGGGARUAUCCACCAGGGUUCUGUGGUCGUCAUAACACCGACAUCAAACUGGAAAAGCCAAAGAAAUGGGCUAUGGUUAGUUAUAACGAGUUUAAGGCUCUUAGCAAGAACAGCAGUCAAACAGGAGUUUUUUGGCGCCCAAUGUAUGUUCUGUUCCAGCAAAAGAUGGAAGAAACACCUGAGCAAGCGCAAAAACUAAAGGAAAUGUCCAAUAUACCAACUUUCCGGCAUUCCGCCAGCCUCAUCAAAGAAACAGGUAUCAGUACGACUGAUUUUGUUCCUGUUGUUGAUGCCUAUUGUGUGCAAGCUCCAGCCAUCGAUACCGUGGUCUUCAUGAAGUGGAUAUACAAUGAGUGCCGAGUGAAGGGGGCGAAAUUUGUCAAAGGCGAAAUAAAAGGCAAACUGAUAGAGCAAAUCAAAGAUCUCAAAGAGAAAUACAAUGUUGAUUUGGUUAUGAAUUGCACCGGUGUGGCAGCGAAAGAACUGGCAGGAGACGAGAAAGUCUUGCCACUCAGAGGUUUUGURCUAAAAAUUAAAAACGAUGGUGUUCUGAUGCCUAAGUUGAAGUUUUCCUUGGCCUUGGAUUAUGUCAAGUUGUUGAACCUUGAAGACGAAAAUGACAUAAGUAAUUUGCACUUCUACAUUAUUCCAAGAGGUAACCACAGUAUUUGGAUCGGUGGUAGUAUUGAAGAAAACAGAACAGAUAUUGCAGAAGCUGAUAUGAGCCAUGAACUUGCUAGAAAAAUUCUCGAUAACGCCAAGGCUUUUUUCCCCCACUGCGAGCAUUCGAAUAUAAAGAUGUGGAACAAGUUAUUGUUGGGAUACGCCCAGCUCGAAAGGAUGAAAUCCGUAAUGAGAUCGACCCGGAAUGUCCAGCAUUAAUUCACAACUAUGGGCAUGGUGGGAACGGAGUUUUGCUUUCUUGGGGCUCUGCAGUAGAUGCAGCAAACUUGGCUGAAAAAGCGAUUGCUAAAAACCACAUAUCACAGUAACUGAAAUGAAAAUAAACGUAAAGAUAGCCAUGAUCAUAAUAACCAACAUGAGUAGAAUCAGUGGCAAUUAAGAUAAUUAUGUUAAUAUCUCUAAAUUACUUAUCAAGCAUAAUGUAAAAAAAAAAAAAACAACACAUGGCUAUUGUUUAAUUUGCCGCCGACUCUUGCUGCUGCGUCACUUCUGACUCUGAUGCAAACGGCAUGACAGUAAAUGACAAAGUUUCUCUGUCAA